GGAGGGAAGUGGUCGGAGACUAUAUGCAAUUCUUUCUUACUCUUUUCUCUUCCACGUCGACGACCAGCAACCGUCUUCUUCGUUGGUUUCUUUCUACCAGCUGCUGCGAUCGACAAGCGUGAACGUUCGAGGCCAGAGUUGAGUCGAUGAGCCCGUCACUUUCAUUUCAUUCGUGGUGCUCGAUGGAAUGCGUCGGCAGCAAAUUGUUUGAUCUCGCGGGAGCAGAGAAUCUCAUGAUGAAAUCUUGCAGCUGUGGCGAGAAAGAUAUCAACAGCAUGACAUUGAGUCCGGUUCGUCUCAAACUAGAUGAUCCUUCGGAGAAGAUGGACCCCGGUGUUCCAAAUGGCUCGGUCAUGAAUAAGUCUUUAAGCUUCAAGAAUUGGGAGCCCCAACUGCCGAAAUUAGAACCCUCAUUUUCCUUCAAGAAUCGGAUGGCAGACGAGCACAACAACGAAGUUGUUUCGCGGAAAAGAUUCAACUUUGUGAUCUCUGAUCUGAAGCUUCCCCAUCAACGCCGCCUUCCCGGUCAGUUUACUUCGCCUAGGCCUCUGAGCGAGCUCGAUGCGGCAGCCACUAAACUCCAGAAGGUCUACAAGAGUUACAGAACCAGAAGAAACCUCGCGGAUUGUGCAGUAGUCAUCGAGGAACUCUGGUGGAAGGCGCUAGAUUUUGCCUCGCUGAAGCAUAGCUCUGUCUCAUUCUUCGACGUUGAGAAACCACAGACAGCAGUUUCAAGAUGGGCAAGAGCAUUAACUAGAGCUGCAAAGCUUGGCAAGGGUCUAUCCAAAGACGAAAACGGCCAGAAGCUAGCUCUACAACACUGGCUAGAAGCUAUCGAUCCACGCCAUCGCUACGGUCACAAUUUGCAAUUCUAUUAUGAUGUCUGGUUCAAGAGCGAGAGCACGCAGCCAUUCUUUUACUGGCUGGAUGUUGGUGACGGAAGAGAAAUAAACCUGGAAAAAUGCCCAAGAAGCAAGCUUCAAAAUCAGUGCAUUAAAUAUCUUGGACCGAAUGAGAGGGAAGCAUAUGAAGUCAUUGUGAGAAAUGGAAAGCUCAUUUUCAAGAAAAGUGGGCUUCCUAUUUCUACUACAGAGGGUUCCAAGUGGAUCUUUGUUCUCAGCACCACACGAGUGUUAUAUGUGGGUCAGAAAAAGAAAGGCUCAUUCCAGCACUCGAGUUUUUUAGCUGGGGGAGCAACAACUGCUGCAGGAAGAUUGGUUGCUGCAGAAGGGGUUCUCAAGGCCAUAUGGCCAUACAGUGGCCAUUACCUCCCAACAGAGGAAAAUUUCAAGGAAUUCAUCAUCUUCCUUCAGGACAACAAUGUAGACCUCACCGACGUCAAGAGAUGCUCUGUCGAUGACGACGACUACACCUCGUUCAAAGAACGCACUAAUGGCAUGGCAGUGGCGGCUGAGACUUCGAAAUUGCCACGAGCUUCUGCGGUUACGGAAACAGUUGAGGAUUCCGACAGGCAAACGGAGAAGAAAGUGGACAACGCGCUGGCAGCGAAGCUCAACGACCGUUUAUCGUGCAAGUGGACUACGGCAUCCGGAGCUCGGAUUGGGUGUGUCCGUGAUUAUCCAGUCGAUUUACAAUCCAAGGCGCUUGAGCAAGUCAACCUGUCUCCAAGGGUUACCAUCCCACCUAAACUCCUCCCAGUUCCUUCUCCCCGGCCUAGCCCUGGACUCCGGCUAUCCCCCAGGCUUCAAUACAUGGGCAUUCCGAGCCCCACCGCAUCUCGUACUCUGCCGCCACAAUCGAAAAGGUGAGCUAAGGUGAUGUGGUGGUGGUACUAACAAAAGGAUAUCUAGUUCAUACACAAGCCGGCUUCGGUUGCAUUUUUCCUCCCAGAUGUUUAUUUUUGCACUCGCUUUGUGUUAAUUUAAGGGCUGUUUGAUUGCUGGAGGAAUAUAGAUCAUCAUUUGAUUG